AUUGAUGUUAAGAUAUAGCUGGAAAUCACUACCUGGUUAACUCACUGAAAAUGAAGUUCAAUUAAAAAGAAACAACGGUGUACAUUAAAAGAAGGAAAAAUGCCCCCUCAAUUGUCAACAAAGGUGCUUUCAUCAAAGCCAAAAUUCCCCCCUAUGGAGAAAAAAGAAUCACAUACCCCUACCCACAACUUCUCAUUUAAAUGCACAAAAUUCCAUUUAAAAAUUAAAUAAAUAAAUCAAUUCAUUGUAGCUGCUUCUUCUUCUUCUUCUUCUUCUUCUUCUUCUUCUUCUUCUAGUCUCAAGAAACUCAAUCAAAUUCAAAUUUCUGACCUUCUUUCAACCAAGUUAUUUAUCAAUGGCUAAUGUGGUGGAGUUGAAGGUGGGAUUGCACUGCGACGAAUGCAUCAAGAAAAUCUUGAAGGCCAUCAAGAAAAUCGAAGAUAUUGAAACAUAUGAUGUGGAUAGACAGUUAAACAAGGUGAUUGUCACAGGGAAUGUGACAACUGCAGAGGUUAUCAGGGCACUUAACAAAAUAGGGAAGCAAGCUAAUACUUGGAAUGAAGAAGAACAUUCACCAAAUGCCAAUUAAACAAAAUUAAUAUACAUUAAUUAUUAUUAGCUUUUUAUUCCUUUUUUUUUUUUGAUAACUAGCUUUUAAUCCUUUAUUUCUGUAUUAGUUACACUGUUAAGCUUUUCUGCUUAUUUUAUUAUUGUUAGAACAAAUCCGAAUCAAGAAGCAAAUAAAGGGCAUUCAUUUCUACAA